AUCACCAGCACUCAGCUUCCAUCACAACAUCCUCUAAUAACCACUCUUCAACUCUACGCCUCAACUCUCCACCUUAAUCUAAUCACCAAACCCACCCAAAACCUUCACCAUGAAGUUCUUCACUGCCGUCUCCGCUGCCGUUCUCGGCUUCUCCAGCAUGGCUUCUGGUAUCACUGUCAGCUACGACCCCGGUUAUGAUGACGCCAGCCGCUCCAUGGACGUUGUCUCCUGCUCUGACGGAUCCAACGGUCUGGCUUCUCGCUUCCCCACCCAGGGCAGCCUUCCUCGCUUCCCUCUCAUCGGUGGUUACCAAGGCAUUGCUGGCUGGAACAGCCCUCAGUGCGGUACCUGCUACGGUCUCACCUACAACGGCAAGACCAUCUACGUCCUUGCUAUCGACCACACUGGCGCUGGUUUCAACAUUGCCCAGGCUGCCAUGAACCAGCUCACUAACGGCCAGGCUGCUGCCCUCGGCCGCAUCGAUGCUCAGUACCAGCAAGUCGCUGUCAGCAACUGCGGUCUUUAAAUCAUGACCGUUGUGCAUCAUUACACGGAAAAAAAAUAGAAGAGACAGAGUUGACGACGAUGAAUACGCGAUAAUGUUUAUAUUUGGCUUCAAAUACUUGGCAUAGCGCUUGCUUCAUACAGCAUACAAUGGCGUUUUCUGUAUAUACACACUCCUUAGUAACGUAAUCGAAAUAGUAAUAUACUUACUCACAAAA